AUGUAAAGUGAAUAAUUGAGUGAACAAAAACUGUAUGCCUGGGGCAGUUCUGAAUGCGAUCAAUUUUUGGCAAAAGACGAAGAUGACGAAGAAUUAUAUGAGGUUAAGAGACCAUAUCACUUAAAAGAAUUGAGCAAUUUAUCUAUAGUAUAAGUAGCAUGUGGAGGGAUGCACGCUCUAAUUUUAACAUCACAAGGAAAAGUGUAUUCGUUUGGCUGUGACGAUAAAGGAGUUUUGGGAAGACCCUAAGUGGAAGGCCAGGAUGCAAGGUUACCUGACUUAAUCACAGAUUUACCUCCUGUGGAUAUGAUAGCUUGUGGAAGUUCUCAUUCGAUAGCAGCCAAUUCCUAUGGUUUAGUGUACUUCUGGGGAUUUUAUGCGAAUACUCAUGGUCCAAUAGGUGAUGCAGUAUCGAGACCUAAAAAAGUGGAUAAUAUUACAAAUGGAAUCAAGAAAAUACUAUGCGGUUAGAACCAUACUAUGGUAUUGCUAGAUAAUUUUAAAUUACUUACUUGGGGAGAUGCGGAAACCUUAGUAAUAGGAAGGAAAAGUGAGACCAGGAGAUCUGUGAUUUAAAAUUUAAAUCCUCAGCCUAUAAAGAUGAAGAGACCAAUAAUAGAUAUAUUUACAGGGGCUUCACAUGCUUUUGUAAAGGUAUUGUUAAAGGAUAACAAGCCAGGUAUAUAUGGAUGGGGACUUAACAAUUAUGGGCAAUUGGGUAUAGGGAAUCAAGAAAAUUAAUAACUCCCUUGUUUAAUCGAGUAUUUUGAGAAUAUGGAUAUUGUGGAUAUGGUUGGUGGAGAACAUCAUACGAUCGCAUUAGAUUUUAAAGGAAAUGUUUACUCUUUUGGAAGAAAUGAUGAUGGAUAAUUAGGUUUAGGAGAGUAAUUGAAUGAAAAUUUAAGGAUUGAGGCAGAGAAGCAAAGAGUAUUAGAGGAAGAACUGUAUUAGUAAUAGCAGGUGAAUAGAAAAAAAACAAGUAAAAAGAACAAAUAAGGAGAUUUAUUUGAAGUCUAAAAAUCUUAGAAGGUUAUUGGAUAUGAAUUCAUUACUACUCCUUAGAUGAUUGGUAAUAUACCAAAGAUGCAAUCUAUUUUUGCUUCGAUGCAUUAUAAUUAUGCUAUUUCUCAAUAGAAGUAAAUAUUUUCUUGGGGGAAUGGUUAGAGUUAUGUGUUAGGAACUAGAAAUGAAAAUAGUCAAUAUUAGCCAAAAGAGGUAACAGCAAUCUUUAAAAAUGAAAAACUAUUAUAAAUUUCCCUUGGUGCAAGUCAUGUAAUUGCGUUGACUUCACCUGAUCAAACUUUUCAACUUUCAAUGGUGGAUCAAUAACUUAUAUAAAUUAAUUUCCCGAAAUCAAAAUUGAAAAAAGGUCAGAAAAGUAACAGUAGAGAAAUGAGCAGAGAGAAGAGUAUCUCAAUGAAAAGGAGUGUUUAGAAAUUUGAUGAUAGCUUAAUUCCUGUAAAAGAUUUAAGAAUUGAUUGA